AUGGUCUUACUGGUCUACCCUGGUCUUACAUUAGAUGUUUCUGAACCUGGUCUAACAUCAGACGUUUCUGAGCCUGGUCUUACAUCAGACGUUUCUGACCCUGGUCUAACAUCAGAUGUUUCUGACCCUGGUCUUACAUCAGAUGUUUCUGACCCUGGUCUUACAUCAGAUGUUUCUGACCCUGGUCUAACAUCAGACGUUUCUGAGCCUGGUCUUACAUCAGAUGUUUCUGACCCUGGUCUUACAUCAGAUGUUUCUGACCCUGGUCUAGCAUCAGAUGUUUCUGACCAUGGUCUUACAUCAGACAUUUCUGAGCCUGGUCUUACAUCAGAUGUUUCUGAGCCUGGUCUAACAUCAGACGUUUCUGAGCCUGGUCUUACAUCAGAUGUUUCUGAGCCUGGUCUAACAUUACAUAUUUCUGACCCUGGUCUAGCAUCAGAUGUUUCUGACCAUGGUCUUACAUCAGACGUUUCUGACCCUGGUCUUACAUCAGAUGUUUCUGACCCUGGUCUAACAUCAUAUAUUUCUGAACCUGGUCUUACAUCAGACGUUUCUGAGCCUGGUCUGACCUCACAUGUUUCUGAACCUGGUCUAACAUCAGACGUUUCUGAGCCUGGUCUUACAUCAGAUGUUUCUGACCCUGGUCUAACAUCAGAUGUUUCUGACCCUGGUCUUACAUCAGACGUUUCUGACCCUGGUCUUACAUUAGAUGUUUCUGAACCUGGUCUAACAUCAGACGUUUCUGAGCCUGGUCUUACAUCAGAUGUUUCUGACCCUGGUCUAACAUCAGACGUUUCUGAGCCUGGUCUUACAUCAGACGUUUCUGACCCUGGUCUUACAUCAGAUGUUUCUGACCCUGGUCUAACAUCAUAUAUUUCUGAACCUGGUCUUACAUCAGACGUUUCUGAGCCUGGUCUUACAUCAGAUGUUUCUGACCCUGGUCUAACAUCAGACGUUUCUGAGCCUGGUCUAACAUCACAUAUUUCUGACCCUGGUCUAGCAUCAGAUGUUUCUGACCAUGGUCUUACAUCAGACGUUUCUGAACCUGGUCUUACAUCAGACGUUUCUGAGCCUGGUCUUACAUCAGAUGUUUCUGACCCUGGUCUAACAUCAGACGUUUCUGAGCCUGGUCUAACAUCAGACGUUUCUGAGCCUGGUCUUACAUCACAUGUUUCUGACCCUGGUCUAACAUCAGACGUUUCUGAGCCUGGUCUGACCUCACAUGUUUCUGAGCCUGGUCUAACAUCAGACGUUUCUGACCCUGGUCUUACAUCAGAUGUUUCUGAACCUGGUCUAACAUCACAUAUUUCUGAUCCGGGUCUAACAUCACAUGUUUCUGACCCUGUUCUAACAUCAGACGUUUUUGACCCCGGUUUAACAUCUUAA